AGGCCGGACUACUACUUUGAUAUUUUCGUCGGCCUAAACGUACGCAGCAGGAUAAAGGCCGAAACCUCCCCUAGGCCAGCCAUGUCCGCGUCACCCGAAUCCUCUGGAAACCGUGUGCACUCAGGAUCCGUUUAAAUACCUCCCCCAUAAGCUUCCAGUCUGACAAAUCUCUCUCGCUCAGCUUACGCCAGUAUAUAAUCCUAAAAAAACUCUCGCAGCUUUCGUCCCGACCCACUCUCGAUUCCCCUCUCCAAUCCACAGGAGCGCCGCUCCAGGAUUCAGCCGCGAUUCGAUCGCCGUGGCCACCGCGCCGUCCCGCCCACUCGAUUCGGUCGUGUGCGCGCUAGGAAGUUCGUCCGUCAAUCGCCUCGCGGUUUUGUGUUCGUUUUCCCGUUCUGGUUUCCUGUGGCUCGCUCGGUUACCGCUUUUAAUCUUAGCUAGCUCGAUCGAUCUCGGUUACUGUGUAGGUAUGUGUUGCUUGCGCGUGCAUGUAUAUGCUGAUUAUUAUGACUAAACUGCUUGAUUGAUUGCUUGAUUUUGUUGUGGUGACUAAUUUUCCUGGUUCGGUUUAACCAUGCUCGCCAAUUGGUUCGUUGACUGCUGUUUGAUGCUAUUGACCAUUUGAAUUAGAUGAUGUGCAUCCCCACAAUUCGAUUCAAGUUCACUUUAGACCCGUGACAUAUGCGCUGGAGUGCCUGUACGCGGGGUUUGGGUUGCGUUUCAUAUUCUAGGUACGAGGUGUGCUCGAUCUAUUUACUGGCUACAACUAUUUGGGCGUGUAGGAUCAUGGCUGCACAAAUCAUUAUCAGUAAUUCACAUUACCUUGUAUGUAUACAUACGGUCGAUGAAGCGGCAUGCGCUGUGCAAAUGGACUCCUGUUAUUGCAGAAAUUUUCAACUUCGUAGAUCCCUCACCAUACGCCCUCUAUUUUUGGAUUGAACUGGCAACUUAUAUCCUUCUUCAUCACACUCCUGCUGUUCUGGCUAAUCCGAACUUCCAUGACACUGGGACACUGCAUUUUGCUUCCUCUCCAUGUGCCUGAAACGGCGCCCCUGUUUUGGUUCCUCAUUCAACUCUCAGUUGUGCCAAAGGCAGAAACAUAAUUUUGUUUUCGUUCACCAAUCAAACAAAACAGUGGAUAUGCUCGUAACAACGUGUUGAGGGCUCAUUCUCGAAAAGAGAGGGAAAAAAAAACAAGGUUGAGGAGAAACUAUCACUGUUUUAGAUAAGUUACCUUCAGGCAUCCUAGUUAAAGAGAGCAUGUUAACUUGCAGACUACUUGCUGCGUGCAGCAUUGGUUACUAAUUUUCUUUACUGCUUUGGCACAGAGUUGGGGGAAGUGAAUUCACCUAUGCAGGUUCUUUCAGUGAUGCUGCUUCACUAGUUCUUGAGACGAUCCCUGUUCAGUAAGAAAUUGUAGAUAGGUUACAUUUCAGGUACAAACCACUGAAGUCUUAAUUAGGACGCUGGCUUUCUCAAGAUGUUCUUGAUGGGAGAACUAGAGGAAGUUUAGUUUAUUUGCGGAUAUUGAACGACUUUAAACAAUGUUUGGACAAGUUUCUUCCGUUGAAGAUGAAGCCGGUGGCUGCUGGAGAGAACGGGGGGCCAGCACCACAGUAAUACUGAUGCAGAUGGAUCACUGUGUACGAAUUGCUUGGGAAUUCUCCUCUGGAUGGAUAUCAGUUGUGUAAUUUGUUUUCUCACAGCUCACAAUCCAGCUAGUUUAUUCUACUGUGAUUGUUUGGCGGUCAAAUAUGAGGUUUUUGCUGAUUGGAGCUGUCCGGCGUUGCUUUGGUCUUGUGUUGAUAUGCCUGGCCUUCAGCAGUAUUGAGCAACCAGAACUACAUGCAGUGGCUUCCUCCAUAUUUAGGACAUGUGACUGCAUUCUGUAUUGAGAGCCAUCCUGCUAAAUGCAUAAUACUUGCAGGUAUUUGUGUUGUGUUUGCAACGCGAUAGCUUUUGCGCUACCAAACAGCCGACAUGGGUGCCGUGCAGCUCGAGUCUGUUGCUGCUCAACAUGCACAAGCUAAGCUAAAUGUGGAAUCACUUCCUCAAGGCCCUUCGUUGUUUGAUGGAAAUGACACUGCCAGGAUCAAUGGUUCCGAGUCUGAUGAGUAUGAAAAAUUUGACAAGGGAUUAAUGCAGUAUGGAUGUGCACAUUACCGAAGGAGAUGCCGCAUACGAGCACCAUGCUGCAAUGAGAUUUUUGAUUGCCGGCACUGCCACAAUGAAUCAAAGAAUUCGAUCAAAAUUGAUACUCCUACGCGACAUGAACUUCCACGCCAUGAACUGCAGCAGGUCAUAUGCACAUUGUGUGGCACUGAACAAGAGGUACGACAAGUAUGCAUCAACUGUGGUGUAUGCAUGGGAAAGUAUUUCUGUGAAGUGUGCAAGCUCUUUGAUGAUGAUGUCUCAAAACAGCAGUAUCACUGCCAUGCGUGUGGAAUAUGUAGAAUUGGUGGCAGGGAGAAUUUCUUUCACUGCUCAAAAUGCGUGACAAAUACCGCCCACAGCCCCCGGCGUGUCCAGCUCGGCCAGCUUACUACGAUGUCGAUGCAUCCCCAAAUUGGAAGUGGGAUAGAGAUGAGCACGCUAUACCACUCGAUGACUCGAUCGUACUACUCUACUAACGUGACAAGGCAUAAAUCCACGUACCCAUUUUAUUUCCUUGAUUGAAACGAUACCGAAUCCAGUCCACGCCGUGCUGCUCCUCCCAUCCACUUGCGUCCUCGUGGACGGGCCGGGGGCUGUGGGCGGUGGAGGCCGGACUACUACUUUGAUAUUUUCGUCGGCCUAAACGUACGCAGCAGGAUAAAGGCCGAAACCUCCCCUAGGCCAGCCAUGUCCGCGUCACCCGAAUCCUCUGGAAACCGUGUGCACUCAGGAUCCGUUUAAAUACCUCCCCCAUAAGCUUCCAGUCUGACAAAUCUCUCUCGCUCAGCUUACGCCAGUAUAUAAUCCUAAAAAAACUCUCGCAGCUUUCGUCCCGACCCACUCUCGAUUCCCCUCUCCAAUCCACAGGAGCGCCGCUCCAGGAUUCAGCCGCGAUUCGAUCGCCGUGGCCACCGCGCCGUCCCGCCCACUCGAUUCGGUCGUGUGCGCGCUAGGAAGUUCGUCCGUCAAUCGCCUCGCGGUUUUGUGUUCGUUUUCCCGUUCUGGUUUCCUGUGGCUCGCUCGGUUACCGCUUUUAAUCUUAGCUAGCUCGAUCGAUCUCGGUUACUGUGUAGGUAUGUGUUGCUUGCGCGUGCAUGUAUAUGCUGAUUAUUAUGACUAAACUGCUUGAUUGAUUGCUUGAUUUUGUUGUGGUGACUAAUUUUCCUGGUUCGGUUUAACCAUGCUCGCCAAUUGGUUCGUUGACUGCUGUUUGAUGCUAUUGACCAUUUGAAUUAGAUGAUGUGCAUCCCCACAAUUCGAUUCAAGUUCACUUUAGACCCGUGACAUAUGCGCUGGAGUGCCUGUACGCGGGGUUUGGGUUGCGUUUCAUAUUCUAGGUACGAGGUGUGCUCGAUCUAUUUACUGGCUACAACUAUUUGGGCGUGUAGGAUCAUGGCUGCACAAAUCAUUAUCAGUAAUUCACAUUACCUUGUAUGUAUACAUACGGUCGAUGAAGCGGCAUGCGCUGUGCAAAUGGACUCCUGUUAUUGCAGAAAUUUUCAACUUCGUAGAUCCCUCACCAUACGCCCUCUAUUUUUGGAUUGAACUGGCAACUUAUAUCCUUCUUCAUCACACUCCUGCUGUUCUGGCUAAUCCGAACUUCCAUGACACUGGGACACUGCAUUUUGCUUCCUCUCCAUGUGCCUGAAACGGCGCCCCUGUUUUGGUUCCUCAUUCAACUCUCAGUUGUGCCAAAGGCAGAAACAUAAUUUUGUUUUCGUUCACCAAUCAAACAAAACAGUGGAUAUGCUCGUAACAACGUGUUGAGGGCUCAUUCUC